AUGUCAGUGGCGGAUGCCCCUGCGAUAGAGGUGGCAGCGGCGGCCCCGGUGCAAGCAAUUGACGGGCAAGAGGGGGACCCGGUGGAGCCUUACUUUUGGGAGGAAGGGGGUAACCCCAACGUGGACUGGUGGGCGAAAGUCCGACACUCACUGCACUUUGGAGGGGUCAAAGCGGUCGCAGGGGCGGAGGCUGUUGGGGAGGUGGUGGCCAAUACGCUGGGCUUGAACGAUUCCAAGUAUCAAUACGUUAUCGACGCACUUGAGGCGGACGAAAUUCGCGAAAAGCGGGAGCAAAGGGACGAAGAAGACAGAAGACAGAUGGCGCUCGAAGAAGAGGCCGCGAAAGCAAGGGAGCGCCGGGAGCAGCAGGACGGAGAAGUCAAGCAGGACUCGGGAGCGAUAGAGUUGGGAGACACCAGGCUCUCCCUGCCCGACAGCAGCGGCGAGACGGCGCUCCCCGAGGGAUCGACAGCGUAGACUGGGAUAUUGAAUGUCACCUUGCGGAACUGCCGCAACGCCAUACAAGUUGUCGUGAGAGUCGUGUCAAGAAUCGGCCAGAUGCAUGAGUUUGGAUCUUGCGGGGUGCGCAACGCAGUCACGUGUCGGGGCCAUAAUGUAAGUAUUUAUAUGUGCCCCAAGUUUGGU